UCACUUAGGGGGACGCUUUGUGUUGUCUGACGUUGGAGCAGUCCCGAGUGUAAAAGGAGAUCUUCCAGCAGCUGACCUUAUCCAAAAUGGCCAGUCCGCCGGUCACAGACGCUGAAAUAACAGAGAAAGAGGUGGCACACGCGUGUGGUGAUUGCCACGAGACACAGCAGCCUGAUUCGUCUACGGAACACACGUCUAACCAGAGAGUUUUUUCCCUGGAGUUGGACCUUGCUCUUCCCAUCAAUGGCGGAGGGAGCGCUGUCAAGCCAUCUGCCGCCCACACGAGCGACAUCCGUCCCGAGCUGGUGGUGUCUCCGAUGUCUGACCUGGCUAUGAACGUCAGCAUGUGUGAAUUAAGUGAUGGAACACCCAAGCGUCGACUUCAAUUAUGCCUUACCCCAACCCCACAAAGGGUCGAAUCAGAGACACCGGUCAUCAGAAGGAUUUCCUCCAUCUCUUCUUACUCAGGUACAAUGUGAACAUGUAACGUUAUA